GGCGCGGGAGUGGCGGCCAUGGCGGCCUGGGCGGGGACCGAGCUGUCGGCGCCGAGUCCGCUCCGCGCGCUGUGGCUCUCGCUGGCCGCCGCCUUCCUGCUGGCGCUGCUGCUGCAGCUGCUGCCGCCCGGCCCGCUCCCGAGCUGCGCGCUCUUCCAGGACCUGAUCCGCUACGGGAAAACCAAGAGCGGGGGCCCGCCGCGCCCGGCCAUCUGCCGGGUCUUUGAUGUCCCCAAAAGGUAUUUUUCUCAUUUCUAUAUCGUCUCAGUGCUGUGGAAUGGCUUCCUGCUUUGGUGCCUUACUCAAUCUCUGUUCCUGGGAGCACCUUUUCCAAACUGGCUUCACAGUUUGCUCCGAAUUCUUGGAGCUGCACAGUUCCGAGGAGGUGAGCCGGCGCUGUCCGCGUUCCUAGUGCUCGUGUUUCUGUGGCUGCACAGCUUUCAAAGACUCUUCGAGUGCUUCUACGUCAGCGUCUUCUCCAAUGCCGUGAUUCACGUGGUGCAGUACUGCUGGGGACUCGUCUACUACGUCCUGGUGGGCCUCACUGUGCUGAGCCAGGUGCCGCUGGAUGGCAGGAGUGUCUAUAUAAUAGGGGAAAACCUACUGAUGCAGGCGCGGUGGUUCCAUAUCCUCGGCAUGUUGAUGUUCGUCUGGUCCUCUGCCCAUCAGUAUAAGUGCCACGCCAUUCUCGGCAAUCUCAGGAAGAAUAAAGCAGGCGUGGUCAUUCACUGCAACCACAGAAUCCCUUUUGGAGACUGGUUUGAAUACGUUUCUUCCCCCAACUACUUAGCAGAGCUGGUGAUCUACAUUUCCAUGGCCGUCACCUUUGGGUUCCACAACUUAACUUGGUGGCUAGUGGUGACGUAUGUCUUCUUCAACCAGGCCCUGUCUGCUUUCCUCAGCCACAAAUUCUACAAAAGCAAAUUUGUCUCCUACCCAAGGCAUAGGAAAGCUUUCCUGCCAUUUUUGUUUUAAGAUAACCUCAGCCAUGAAGAAUGCGAACUAGGGGACAGGUUCAACUCCGAAGGACAAUGAAGUAGGGAAACCAAAGUACAGUUUCUACAGAACUGUUGGAAACUCUCUGUUCCAUUUUUAUACCCCAAAAGUUUUCACUGAAUGAACAAGAUACUACCCCUCAAGACAAUGAAUCUCCAAAGUGUCUUCCAAGAAGAAAUAACUUCUGGCAGAUCCAGGAUUGGUGUAUCUGCUUUCUGGGAUGCUUUAUAAAACCAACCAACCAACUGAUAAAAAGUACAUGAGAAUUCGCCAAGCUGCUUCACAAGCAAAGCAACCAUGAAUGUAUAAACAGCUUCUCACAUACACAUAUGUACAUCCACAGGGGAAGAGAUAAGAUCACCUAUGGCCUGGAGGGCCUAUUAGGGAAAAAUUAACUGGACUAUAUAAUAAUAUAGUAGGUGCUCAGUGUAUGUUUGUUGCAUUUCAAUAAAAGCAGAGUAGCCUUUGAAAAUAACAAUAACAUACAAUUUUAUGCCAACAGUUUCAGGGGAAAAUGAGUUUGUUGGAGUUCAUUUAUACUUUCACACAUUACCAUAAACAUCUCCAGUUAUAUGACUGUAAUAGACAUUUCCACUCAUCUCCCCUUCAAAUCAUAGGCUAACUGAAAGUUUUGACACCUCUUCUAUUUACCGCUUUUUUUGAUACCUGUUUAAAGGGAAUACUUCAAAAGUGAAAACAUGGGGAAAUAAAUAUAUUUAUGCAUAGCAAGCCUUCGUGAAUGCAAUUGACAUACUCUGGAUUGGAUAGUACUAUGGCCUCAUUCACAUGUAGUUAUUCAAAUUGUAUUAAUGUCUGCCUGAGUUUAUUUCAACUAAUAGAAUGAAUAUGAACAUAUUUAGGCAUAAAGUUUACAUUCAAAAUAGCUUAUGUUAAAGAACAUACCUGUGAGCAAUUCAGGGGGAAAUAAAUGCAUGACGUCAAAGAAAAACAAAAACUUGAAAAAUCAUACUACAGCCUGAGCAUCACAGUAAAAACUACACAUUCGUGUAGCAUAAGAUUUUCUGGCUUACUGGCUGAGGUAUUAACUUUAUUCCUUUUAUGCAGAUGUCAUAAUCUAAGUGCCAAAGUUUUGCAUUUAUAUGUACCUUGCUAUGGUGGAAAGAACCUCAUUAUGAACAAGACAAAUAUCAAAUGCACCAUCUAAGAAUAUCUCUCUCCUCUCCAAUCCCUGGAGUUGUAAACUAAGGCAUUAAACUGAGAUUCUUUUUAAUAAAACCUUAAAUACGUGCAUGUCAAAGCACAUUCGAAAGUUCUUACAAUUGUGACAUAGCAUUUUCUCUCCCAUCAAAUACCACUUAAGGUUAAUGUGUUGCUCAGUCUAUUCAAAUCAAUGACAUAUUCAUUUUACUUACAUAGAAUUUGCCAUCCUCAGGAACAAAACUAUUUGUACAUUGGAAAUGUAAAGCAUAUUGCAGUUUGGUCUUCAUGUCCACACAACUGGCAUGUGUCAUGUUUAAUAAAAAAUUAUUUGGGAGGGGAAAUUGUAUUUUAUUGUAGCAUGCUAUUUUAUACCCAGGUAGUCUAGACUAGGGAUUUGGUCAAUGUUCUGGAAUCUCAAUGUACUUUCAUGUAAAAUAAUGAGCAUCCCCCACGAAGAACUCUGCCAGGGUUGUGAGAAAGCUGCAGAGUCCAGUUUCCUACUUCCUGGCCCUGCUGUCUCUAUCACAUUUGUUCCUGUUUCUUUCCCUUUUCCUUCUUUGCAUUGUGUUGCAUUUCUACGCAAAGAUAAAAGAGGAAAUAGUGAUGUCCUCAUAGGGGUUCAGAAAAAAGUAACAUGCCUUUAGUGAAAGCGUAACCAAUGGAGAAUCAUUGAGAAUUGUGAUUUGCUUGUGAUGUCAGAACCAGCACUGGUUUCUGUGUUAGUGAAAACAUUCCAUUUCCCUAAAGGGAGCACCAGAGAAUUUGCAAAUUCUUCACAAGGAUGAUCCAGAAAUAGCUUAGAGGUGGAGAUUCUUGAUUUUCCUGUUGGCUUAGUUGAAUAGCCUUAAUCUUUCACUCUCUGAUAUCAUCAUGCUAGGGGAAAGGAUGCUGAACUACCUCAUUAACAGCACUGGCUGGAUUAACUACUGACUAUAAAAGUGUGCUAAAAAUAGCCUUUGUUUUCAUUGUGUCUCCAAGUUGUAGCUCAUCCUACACACUAACAUCCGCUUACAGUGAGCAUGGAUUAUUUUGUCUCCGCAAAGCCAUGUUCUGUAUUAUGCUUUUAAUUCAAUGAAUGGUUAUUGGUAGAAUUCCCACCAAAAAAAAAAAAAAACAGAAAAGCCUUUACAGAUAUUUUUGUGUGCAGUUUAAUAGACUUUCAGUUUAAGGAGACUGUAACCAUUUGCAUAACUAAAGCUACCUGGAAACUCAAGAACCUGUUGCUAAGUGAGGUAUCUCAAAUGAUCUCAUAUAUUAAGAAGACUUUAAAAUAAUAAAUGAGCAAGUAGAAAUUUUGGACUCCUAAAGCCUAUCAAAGCAAUUUCUGUCCAUACUCUUUUGCAUUACUUAUCAGACAAAAGUUGUUCUACUGGUUUUUAUAAAUAUAUUAGUGUAACCUAACAUUUUCCUGCUGAAUAGAUAAGAAACAGUGGCGGUGGCAAUGAUCCAUAAAUAAUGCAUCUGGUACAUAUGUCCUAAUUUUUCUCAAAAAGCAAUGAUCUCCUGGAAAGCCAAGUAUUGAUUUGGGGGGAAGAAAAACUAUUAUCAAGAGCUACUGUAUGCACAUAAUUGAGGAAGGAUAAUAUUGGGGCUCUUCCUUCAAAAAGACUCUGAACACUUGGAGCAAUUUGAGGCUACAAGUCCACAAGGGAUUUCUCGACAAAAGGACAAUUUGCCCUCAAGUCCAGCCCUCUGGCUGAAACCUCAAAGCACUGGUGCGGUCUUCUCCGAGGUCCCUGGCAGACACAGCACCUUUCUGGGAAGUAGAAAAGGCAGAACUCAAGGAAGAGCCCCACAAUAACAGGGUAUGGGCCCUUGUGGGCAGAAAAGCCAGCUGGUGGUGGGUGCUGCAGUUCAAUGAGCAGAGCUCAGGCUGCAUCUCGGCCUCACUUGCCCCUCAGCCUGCUAUUUUUUGUGCAGUGUACAAACUGCACAACCUUCCAUAGAGACCCUGCUUAUCAUGCUGUCCGCAUGUCUGCAGAUUCUGUUCACUCUUGAAAAAAAAAAAAAAGACUUGAUCGCAUGGAAUCAUCUCUUUCAGAGAGACCACAAGAAUAAACUAGAAGAAGGGAGAAGUAAGCACUCCAUGCAAAAUGCCUGUCCUCCCACAGACAAAAAGGAGAGUUUGGUGGUUAGCAGGGUAUAAACUUAUCAUCGAGGUUAAAAGGCAUUUUGGAAUAUGGAGAGACCUUAAAACUGGUUUGCAGAGAUUCAUGAAGGGCACAGCUACCUACAGAUUGAGCACUCGUCUUGACUUGCCUUGCAGUACCUAGGCCUACCUUUCAUUUCCAUGACUCAACAGGGUGUAUCUUCUUCACCAUAAAAUUAUAUAGUAAGUGAAACAAGAAAGACCCCAAGGCCAUUACUUCUGCUACUUGGUGGAGCAGUGACUCCCUGAUUUGUCUAUUCAAGGAACAGUAUUUAAUAAAAAGUUACAGGCAAAAUUA